AGAUGGAGCCGGUGCCCAAGGGGGUCCUGGGGGCUCUGGCCAAGCCCCGGCGCCCGGUGAUCGCCUGCAGCGUCUGCCAGAUCCGCUUCAACUCGGAGAGCCAGGCCGCCGCUCACUACCAGGGCAAUCGCCACGCUCGGCGCCUCAAGGGGCUCGAGGCCGCCCGGGCCCGCCGGGGGGGGGACACGGGGGACCCCCGCACGAAGCACAAGACCCUGGUCGAGGCUCGCUCGGGGCUGGGCCCCAUCCGCGCCUUCCCGAGGGGAGGGGGCUCCGCGGGGACCCCCCCGGCCGAGACCCCCGAGCGCUCCUUCCACUGCCAGAUCUGCAACGUGCGCCUCAACUCCGAGCUGCAGCUCAAGCAGCACAUUUCCAGCCGGAGGCACCGGGACGGGGUGGCCGGAAAACCCAACCCCCUCCUGGGGCGGCACAAGAAACCGCGCAGCCCCCCCGAGCUGGAACAAUCCUGA